AUGAUAGAAGAAGACGAGUUAAACAUAGAGGAGACCCUCAAAUUAUAAAGUGAUUAAAGAUAUAUCAAGUUUAAACAAUGGUGCAUUGAUAAUGGAGCUAUUAUGGAAGGAAUUUAAUUCCCUGCAGCAUUUGGUCCUUUGGGAGUUCCUGGAAUUGCAGCCGAUUAGGAUAUAUCUCCCUAAAAGGUUAUUUUAGCUAUUCCAAACAAAUUAAUUAUUUCAGAAGACAAGGUUUAUGGAUGCGAUUUAGAAGAAGUUUUAGAAAAAUUUCCUGAAUUAUUUGACGAAGAAAAGUGCGGGGAUGCAGAUUUUAACAUUCUUGCACUCUACCUAAUGUAUGAGAAAUUAAAAGGAGAAUAAUCAUUUUGGCAUCCAUAUUUUGAACUCAACUAAAAAUCUUAUACCUUGCUAGAUUGGAGUACUGAAGAACUUGCAUAAUUUGAGGACUCCUAUAUUUUACAAGAACUUUAAUCUCUUAAAAAUGAGAUGGAAAAAUAAUGGAGAAACAUGGAUAAAGUAGUUAAGCUAUACCCUUAAUAUUUUCCAUAAGAUAAAGUAAACAAAGAGCUAUUUUAUUACUGCUAUGAGCUUUGCAUGACUAGAGGGUAUGGAUGGACUCUUCCAAGUGUUUGCCUAGUUCCUUUAGCAGAUAUGUUCAACCAUAACUGCGAUACUACAACUCAUUAUAUAAUUAAUAGAGAAUUUGAGUAGCAUCCCAAAAAGGCACAUGAAAAAUACAGAAUUAAAAAGCACAAAAUAAAUUUAUAAUUAAUGAAAGAUCCUCUUUUAGUAUUUACAGAGGAGGAUAAAAUAAAAAACAACCUAUAUCAAUAUCAAAACAGGAGAUUGAAAUAUGUUUAUCAAUUUAGAGAAUAUCUAAGUGAGGAAAGCUAAAAAAAUUUAGAUUUAAAAGGUAUUGAUUGGAUACCUAGGGACGAGCUAAGGCAAUUGUGUGCUGAAAUAAAUGUUAAUAAGCUUAAAUAGACAAAAGAAUAAGAUUUAUUUACAUUUAAAUUUUACCCUACUACUGAAUCUGAAGACAAUGACACCUCUGAUGAUGAAAAAACAGAGAGAAAGGGAUAAAAUUAAUAGCUUAAAGAAGCUGAAUUAGAAAAAUUUUUUAACCUCAAAUCAGAACCUAAGCCAUAAAAAUAAAAGAAGAAGAAAUGGGAAGAAGACGUCUUACUAGAAAAAGAAGAAGAUGGAAUUAUAAUGCAAGUUAAAUAACUCACAAUUCACACUACCAAAAAAGCAAUUUAAGAUGACUAAAAUAAGAAAGAGGGUGAGGAAAAAGAGGAGGUUGAACAAGAGGAUUGGGAAAGUUGUGACAGUUCAAGCGAUUUUAGCGAUGUUAGUGAUGAGUCUGAUUUCAGCUGGUAUGAUGAUGAAGAUGAAGAAAAUUACUUUGUCGUCACAACAAGAUAACCAGAAAAAAAGGGACAAUAGUUAUAUAAUUGCUAUGGACAGCGCACAAAUAGAUUUUUACUUAUGUGGUACGGUUUUGCCUUCUUAAAAAAUCGAUACGAUUCUUAUUCAUUUAGACUGUGGAUGAAUAUGCAAGUAGAGAAACUUAAUGACAUUCUAUUUGAAAAGAUUGUAUUUUAGGAGUAUUUAGCCAGUGACACAUGCUCUGGAGGUUUUGUAUGGAAGAAAAAAGAAAAGGUCGAUCUAAAAGAUUUAACUUAGGAAUUUAGAAUAAAGAAAAAUGAAAUUUGUAUUGACUUAAUUAUAUAUUUAAGACUCUAUCUCAUGAUGCACUACAAAGGACCUGACUUUAAGAGAAUUAUAGCUAGUUUGCCUGUUUCCCCAAUAUAUGAAUCUUUUGUAUUAUCUUUUGCUGUUAAAUUACUAUAAUAUCUCAGAAAUAAAUAUACAACUUCUGUUGAAGAAGAUCAAAAAACACUUCUUAACCCAGAUAUUAACUACAGGUUGAGAUUUGCUGUUAUUUAUAGAUUGAAUCAGAAAUUAAUUUUAGAUGAACAGAUUAAAUUACUAAACCAAACAAUCUUAGUUAUUAAUAAAUUAGAUAGUAAACUCUCUCUAGUAGAAAAUUUACUAAAUCCUAUUUAUGCGAAUGAGAGUGAUAACCAAUCUUAAAUUUAUAUAAAUAGAUAUAAAUUAAGACCUUAUCUUCAAUAACUAUAAGAAAGUAUAGAAAAAAAUUUAUUUAAAUAUCCUAAAGACGAAAUUUUUGAUAUUUUAAAAUGA